AUGCCAGGCAACGGCAUUGCCGACAUGGAAUCUCAGACAGAAACUCUUGCCGAAGACGCCAAAUGCCAAACUUUCCCAAUCGAGCAAUGCGAUCAAUCAAUGCAGGUCGAGCCGAGAAUGCAAGAGAGCCGGGAGGUGCAAGCGGGUAGGAAGCUUAGGGAAAAAGGAGCAGACGCAACCCACCACGAGGCAACAUCCUACCCAGACCACCAAGGAAUCGGGAGGGGAUACCGACAUCCAAAAUCAGCAGGACAAACCACCGAGCAGCAGAGAAGGCAAGCAUCGCUUAAGCAGGAAUCAACCCGCCCACAUUGA